AUCACACUCAAAUUUAUUUAUUUUAUUUUCAUGCCAUGGAAAAUGCGUUAGGUACUCUACAUACAAAUUGGUUUGAGGAACUUGUUUACUUCAUGAGGCAUUAGAUUAAGAUUAGAUGAGAAAAAUGUGGAAAUCAGUGGGAAGCAUUGUGUUGGUCCUGUUGCUGCCUUUGUUUCUGUUUUUGAUCUUUUCAAUCUUCAAUGUCUGUGAUCUGAAUGACCCACUAUCUAGAUUUGGAAGCAGUUUCACAUUCAAUUCCAGUCUCACAUAUAAUGCCCACCACCACCUGCUUCACCCCUUUUACGUUUUUCCCACCAGUUCUGAAAAAUUAUGCAGGAAGUUAGAUAGAAUAUUUGCCGAAACCACGUUGUCUGCGCCCCCAAGUAUAAGUAUGAGGAAGGACAGUAUUCUUGAGGGGCCUGUGUUAGAGGAAUACACAUUUGCUGCAAAUUCUGCUCCUUUCAAUAGCUGCCAUGCAUCUACCAUUGUUGAGGUUGAUAAAGAUCACUUUUUGGUUGCCUAUUUUGGAGGUACAUCGGAGGGAGCACCAGAUGUGAAAAUUUGGUUGCAGACAUACAAGAAUGGCUAUUGGCAGUCACCUGUCAUUGCUGAUGAACAACCUGAUGUUCCAAUGUGGAACCCUGUGCUAUUCAAACUUCCAUCAGAUGAGCUGCUGCUGUUCUAUAAAAUAGGACAAGAGGUUCAAAAAUGGAGUGGUUGCAUGAAGCGAUCACAUGAUAAAGGUGUUACUUGGACAGAAAGAGAACAACUUCCUCCGGGUAUAUUAGGACCAAUAAAGAAUAAGCCUAUCUUGCUGGAAAGUGGACUUUUGCUCUGUGGAUCCUCUGUUGAAAGCUGGAACUCUUGGGGGGCUUGGGUGGAGGUCGCAACAGAUUCUGUCAGGUCCUGGAAAAAGUAUGGCCCUAUUUACAUUGAAAAUGAAACUCUUAGUGUGAUUCAGCCAGUUCCUUACCAGACUGCAGAAGGGACCUUGCGUCUUUUAAUGCGAUCCUUUGAUCACAUUGGCAGAGUUUGUAUUUCAGAAUCCUAUGAUGGUGGCCAGAACUGGAAUCAUGCAAUCCCUACAGAACUCCCCAAUCCAAACUCAGGUAUUGACGGGGUAAAGCUAAGAGAUGGCUCUACUGUACUUGCUUAUAAUACAGUCUCAAGGGGUGUACUUAAAGUUGCACUCUCCAAUGAUGAUGGGGACUCAUGGCAUGAUGCUGUGACAUUGGAGGAGAAUUUGGGAAUGGAGUUCUCAUAUCCCGCUGUUAUCGAGGCUAGUGAUGGAUCUGUUCACAUCACUUACACUUACAAUAGGACACAAAUUAAGCAUGUUGUCCUCAAACCAAAUUGAUGCAGUGACUCAUGAACAAAGAAAACAAGAAGACAUGGAUCAUUCUUUCUGCAUUGCAGGCCACUUAGUGUCAUUACCUGUACAAUACCAUCACUUGUACUAAGCCCUUCAUGAACUUCGAUUCUUUGAAGUAUAAUACCUAUUUUGUGCAGCAAUGAAGUAUGGACUGUAUCAAAUAUCAAUCUUUCGCCUUCCCUUCUCUUCUUUCAAUUUGGAUUUUACUUGUUGAAGUUUGUUUGUGUUAAGGUACUUUCCUUGCUCUGGAAGUUAGUUAAUUUAAUUGUUCCGGUCUGCCCUUCUAUUCUUUCAAUUUGGAUUAUACUUGAAGUUUGUCUGUGUUUAGGUACUUUCCUUGAUCUGGAAAUUAGUUAAUUUAGUUUGUUCCAUCCGGCUUGUAGAAUGCCAUCGGUAAGUUUUACUCAGAAUCCUUAAGCUGUCAUAUUUAGUUCCU